CUAGAAAAUUCUCCUGAUAAACCCACUAUUCUAUCUCCCGAUGUUUCUGUCGUUCUCCAAACAAGGUUUUUGAAAAUAAUUAAAUAUAAAGAUAAAGCAUUCCCCCCAGUUGCCCCAAAUUUCAUAGUUGAGUUGCGUUCGUCAAGUGAUUCUCCCCAAUCUCUUCAUCAAAAAAUGAUUCGUUGGGUGAACGCAUAUGUAGAUGAGGGAAUUUCCAUAGACUUAAUUACAAAUCCACCGGAGGUUAGAAUCUAUACAUUUAAUUCUGAGACUAAUAAAGUCAUUUGGAAAUCAUUGGUAAAACCCGAUCAGGUUGAAUCAGAAGUUCUCAAAGGGUUUGUUUUAAACAUGCAAAAGAUAUAUUGGCAAUAA